UCCCCCGUGUAAGACUGAGGUGGAGGAGGACAUUCCAGGAGAUGUCACCACAGAAAAUCCCAGUAAGAAUUCUGAGGAAAACUUAAUGUUAUCACUAAAUUAUAAAGUAGAAGAUGAAGAUAUCAUGCAUCGCUCUUCAGGAGAAAACUUCUUUACCCUUAAUGUACAUCCAGGACUUCACAGUACAGAUCUAUCAUAUAGUCCUCCUAAUCAUGAGGAACCUUCUCCUGACCAAUCACAGAUUGUUACAGCAAUUACAGGUCAGAAAGGGGGUGAAAGCUUUAAUUUUGGUAAAGAGUUCGCACACAGCUCAGGUCUUUCUACACACAGAGUAAUUUAUACAGGAGAGAAACCAUACUCCUGUUCACAAUGUAAGAAAUGUUUUAGACGUAAAUCACAUCUUGUUAGACAUGAGAUAAGUCACACAGGAGAGAAGCCAUAUUCAUGUUCAGAAUGUGGGGUAACUUUUAAACAUAAAUCAUAUCUUGUUGAACAUGAGAAAAGUCACACAGGAGAGAAGCCGUAUUCAUGUUCAGAAUGUGGGAAUUGUUUUAAACAAAGAACAAAUCUUAUUCGGCAUCAGAGAUUUCACACAGGAGAGAGACCGUACUCAUGUUCAGAAUGUGGGAAAUGUUUUGCACAAAAAUACAACCUUGUUGGACAUCAGAGAAUUCACACAGGAGAGAAGCCAUAUUCGUGUUCAGAAUGUGGGAAGUGUUUUAAACAAAGAACAACUCUUAUUAGGCAUCAGAGAUUUCACACAGGAGAGAAACCGUAUUCAUGUUCAGAAUGUGGGAAAUGCUUUACGUUUAACUCUCAACUUGCUAUACAUGAGAGAAGUCACACAGGAGUGAAACCAUAUUCAUGUUCAGAAUGUGGAAAAUGUUUUGCAGGGAAAUUGAUUCUUGUUGCACAUGAAAGAAGUCACACAGGAGAGAAACCAUAUUCAUGUUCAGAAUGUGGAAAAUGUUUUACAGAUAAAUCAAAUUUUGUAAGACAUAAGAGAAGUCACACAGGAGAGAAACCAUAUUCAUGUUCUGAAUGUGGGAAAAGUUUUACACGGAAAUCAUAUCUAAUUAAACAUCAGACUCUUUACACAGGGGAGAGGCCUCAUUCAUGUUCAUAUUCUCUUGUAGCAAAUCAUAGGGAUAUCAUGAAAUUCGAGAACGUCCGGAUAAGCUGUGCGCAUAAUCCCCCAAUGCUUAUUGACCACAUGGCGAAACUUAUUGAUCCAAGGAUGAUAUUUGACAAUAAACGCUUGAAAACCAAAAACCUUCUGCUACUCGGGGACUUCAACCUCUGGGCCAACUCCUCCCAGGACCCCAUCGCCACCACCUGCAUCAGCCAACUGGAAACACUAGGUUUGCAACAAUUGAUAAGGGCUCCCACACACGUUUCGGGCCACAUUCUCGACCUCAUCUUCAAACAAAACAUCAACAUCAACACACUAGACAACAUGCCACUGCCAAGGACGGACCACCACGCCAUCAAAUUCAAAAUAACCACUGACACCAUUUGCCAAAACCCAACACACUUAAAAACUACACACUGGACAAGAUCACAGAAGAAAUUAUACUCGCAACUUUUCAAAACCACACUAUCCAACAAAAUAGCUGCGCUAACACAAAACUGCAGAACUGAAGACACACUUAACACCCUCAACACAGCACUAUUACAGACAGCAGACGCAGUCGCACCAAUACGUAGAGCACCCACCCGUAAAAACAAUGCAGGUUGGUUCAACGACUCCCUUACUUCACUGAAACAAGAACAUAGAAGAGCUGAAGGAGCAUGGAGAAGGAACCUAACAACGGAACACCACACAAAUUACAAAUCACUCACCAAAAAAUACCACAAAGCCAUCUUCAUCGCAAAAAAAGAACACUUCUCCAACACCAUUUCAAAAGCCAUAAACCGCCCCCAUGAACUCUUCAAACUAGUCGCUCAGACUAUGAACCCUACCUGUCUAGAGCCUCCAGCAAAUGAAACACAAGAAUUCUGUGAUGAGUUAUCUGAAUUUUUCAUCGACAAAAUCAUAAACAUUCGAGAAACAAUUCAACAGAACAUAGCAAGCAACCCCACCCAGGUAAGGCAAGAAGACAAAAACCACACAAAUAUUUUACAAUCACCGAGAUUUACCCUGGUCCCAAUCACCAUCGAUAACACUAAAACCAUCAUCAGAAGCCUUCGAGACAGCACAUCCCCAAAUGACAUUAUUCCCACAAAACUUCUGAAAGAAUGCACCGACAUUCUGGCUCCCAUUAUAACACACCUCAUAAACCAGUCAUUUAAAGAAGGAAUAGUCCCGAUCUCCCUCAAGCAAGGCAUAAUCAAACCCCUUCUAAAGAAACCCAACUACCGCAGACCGGUCACAAGUCUCAACACCAUCUCUAAGAUUAUCGAGAAAGCAGUAGUACAACAGCUACAACCCCAUCUGGACACCCACAAUCUUUUGGACCCACUUCAAUCUGGUUUCCGUCCUGGCCACGGGACAGAAACGGCGCUCCUCAAAAUCUGGGAUGAUGCCCUUGAAGCAGCAGAUGAAGGAGAAUCAUGUCUCCUGGUGCUGCUGGACCUCAGUACAGCUUUCGAUACAGUAGAUCACCAAACCCUGCUCACUCAUCUCACAGAAGUAGCCGGAGUUGCAGACUCGGACCUACCCUGGUUUGCAUCCUUCCUGGAGAACCGAUCCCAGAAACCCCCGUGUAAGAGUGAGGUGGAGGAGGACAUUCCAGGAGAUGUCACCACAGAAAAUCCCAGUAACAAUUCUGAUGGAAACUUUAUGUUACCACGAAAUUAUAAAGUUGAAGAUGAAGAUAUCAUUCUGCACUGUAUAGGAGAAAAUGUAAUUACCCUUAAUGUACAUCAAGGACUUCACAGUACAGAUCUGUCAUAUAAUCUCGAUAAUUUUGAGGAACCUUCUGACCAAUCGCAGUGUGUUACAACAAGUACAGAUCAGAAAGAGGAUGAAUGGUUUAACUGUGGUAAGGAUUUCACUAAAAGGUCAGGUCUUUCAACAGACUUUCACAAAGGAGAGAAACCAUACUCCUGUUCAGAAUGUGGGAAAUGUUUUACACAGAAAUCAAAUUUUCAUAGACAUAAGAAAUUUCACACAACAGAGAAGCCUUAUUUUUGUUCAGAUUGUGGGAAAUGUUUUACAGGGAAAUCUUAUCUUGUUGCACACGAGAGAAUUCACACAGGAGAGAAACCAUAUUCAUGUUCAGAAUGUGGAAAAUAUUUUACACAAAAAGCGAGUCUUUUUAAACAUCAGAGAUUUCACACAGGAGAGAAACCGUAUUCAUGUUCAGAAUGUGGGAAAUGCUUUGCACAAAAAUAUAAUCUUGUUGAACAUCAGAGAAUUCACACAGGGGAGAAGCUAUUUUCAUGUUCAGAAUGUGAGAAAUGUUUUACACAAAAAUCAAGUCUUCUUAGACAUCAGAGAUUUCACACAGGAGAGAAACCGUAUUCAUGUUCAGAAUGUGGGAAAUCUUUUAUGUAUAACUCACAACUUGUUAUGCAUGAGAGAAGUCACACAGGAGAGAAGCCAUAUUCAUGUUCAGAAUGUGGGAAAUGUUUUAGACAAAAAGCAGAUCUUGUAACACAUGAGAGAAUUCACACAGGAGAGAAGCCAUAUUCAUGUUUAGAAUGUGGGAAAUGUUUUACACAGAGAUCAAACUUUUUUAGACAUCAAAGAUUUCACACAGGAGAACAGCCAUUUUCAUGUUCCGUAUGUGGGAAAUGUUUUACAGGAAAAUCCAUUCUUGUUGCACAUGAGAGAAGUCACACCAGAGAGAAACCGUAUUUAUGUUUAAAAUGUGGAAACUGUUUUACACAAAAAUCAAGUCUUGUUGAACAUCAGAGAAUUCACACAGGAGAGAAGCCAUAUUCAUGUUCAGAAUGUGGGAGAUGUUUUACACAAAAAUCAGGUCUAGUUAAACAUCAGAGAUUUCACAGAGGAGAGAAGUCAUAGUCACAUUCAGUAUGUGGGAAAUAUUUUACACAGAAUUCAAAUCUUAAAUUUAAGCGACACGCUCUCAAGAUCGUACAAUAUAAAAAAUAUAUUUAAUAUAGACAAAAUAUAGAUAAAUUCAUCCAUUAAAAUAAAACGCAAACCCAAAUAAAGCCCAAAAGUGACUAUAGUAUAUACUUUAUAAAGUUAACGGGAUGUAAGUAACCUUCUUGAUCAAAAGCCAGUAAUAUAAAUUAAUCGCACUGACCACUGAGCCCUAGUGGCAGUAAUUCAUUGCUCAUUAGAUAUCACCUCCCAGCUGUAGGGCUGUUACCAGUAAUUAUCCACUUUGUCAUACAGUCCAAACAUGAAUCAAUACAAUCUCAAUAUAGCCAGUAUAAAAUACUUUCUACACAAUCCAAAAAUUCUCACUUUUGCAGUUACACGAUUGAUAACCCCACAUAGACUAUUGCAGUCUUGAUAUAGCAAACAUUGUAGCUUUUUCACAUAGUCCCAAAAUUAUUAAUAAUGCAGUUCUAUGGGAUUUAUAAUAUUGUAGCCACACCUAGAGUUUUGCAAUCUCAAUAUAGUAGCUUUUGGACUCUUUCCAUCUCAUCCAAAAAUGCUUCGUACAGAAAUUAAACAUAAUGUGAGCCCUUGUUGGUAUUGUUACAGCAAUUUUGAAUGCUGAAUGUCCAACUUAAUUAAAUGAAGACUGUAUAUUAAAUGGUUG